ACACCUCUGGAGGACCCCCCAAAUAAUAAUGCGGGACGAUAAGGCCCGGCUUCGGGACACAAGAGGCCCUCGUUCCAUGGAGGAGAGGAGACACCAUAAGUGAUCCGUCACCGUCCAGUCCUUCUCACCAUGCAUCUGCACCAGGUGCUGACCGGAGCCGUCAACCCGGGGGACAACUGCUACUCGGUGGGCAGCGUCAAUGACAUCCCUUUUACGGCAUAUGGAUCAGGCUGUGAUAUUGUCAUACUAGCAAGUGAUUUUGAGUGUGUACAGAUAAUUCCUGGUGCUAAACAUGGAAAUAUCCAGGUUAGCUGUGUGGAAUGUUCCCAGCAACAAGGACGGAUUGCUGCAUCAUAUGGGAACACUGUUUGCAUUUUUGAACCUCUUGGUACAGUUAACUCUCAUAAACGAAACAGUGAGCUUAAAUAUCAGUGGGUUAGGACUGGCCAGUUUUUCCUUAGCUCUGUGACGUACAAUUUGGCAUGGGAUCCUCAAGGUAACAGACUGUUGACAGCCACCGAGUACCUGAAGUUGUGGGCACCACCUCGUAGUGACAUUCUAGAAGAGGAAGAGGAUGAUAUUGACAGAAACCUCAUAGAGGAUAAUGUUCAACCUUCCUUGAAUGACUGGAACUGUAUCUGGCAGUGCAAGACUGCUGUGCCUGUGCUUUUGAUGAAGUGGUCCCCAGAUGGUGAAUACUUUGCAACUGCAGGGAAGGAUGAUUGUCUCUUAAAAGUCUGGUAUCCUCUUUCUGGGUGGAAAUCAUCUUUUUUGCUUCGUGAAAGUCAAGAGAAACAAGUGGAUGUCAACUUUUCAUUUGUGUACCUUGCCCAUCCCCGGACAGUGAUUGGAUUUUCAUGGAGAAGCACAAGCAGGUUUAUGCCAAGGGGCUCGGUGUGCAAUGUUUUACUUACAUCCUGUCAGGAUGGUAUUUGUCGCCUUUGGGCAGAAACCCUUUUGCCAGAAGAUAGCCUUCUUGGAGGGCAAAUAAUUGAGCAUGGCAGCUGCAGCAGUAGCUUGUCCUUUACUGGAAAGCAAAAAGACAAGAUUGAGCAUGCUCUUGAGACAAUUCAUCAUCUGAAACACCUGAGGAGAGGCAGAAGACGGUCUUCUGUUCUAGCUGCUCACACAGAAUUGCUACCAAGUCAGCCAAGCCAGCAGGAGGCCCACAGACACAUCUCACAUCAUGCUAACUCCCUAUGUCACUUUCACAUAGCAGCAAGUAUAAAUCCCAACACAGAUAUUCCGUCUGUUUUGGCUGGUCUAGCAUUCAACCCUGACGAAGGUUAUGGGAACUUUGUAGUUCACUGGCUCAAUAACAAGGAAUUGCAUUUUACAUCAUCCACUGAAGUAUUUAUUCAGCAUUUGAAAACUAUUGUGGAGCAGCAGUUGGACAAUGGCGAUGAUGAGGAAGAUGAAGACGGUUUACAAAUGAAGUUGGAUAAUGGUGAGCCAGAGGGCGGAGGAUCUUUAACUGGUUCUCCUGAACAUGAAGACGCAGAAAAAGAUAUGAGUACUAAAGCUUCAUCACCUGGUUCCACCUUGCCACUACCAACAGUGUUAUUGGACCGUAAAAUUGAAUCCCUUCUCACCGAAUGGAACAAGAACGCAGAUAUGCUUUUCACCAUUCACCCUGUGGAUGGCACUUUUCUGUUGUGGCAUGUGAACUACUUGGAUGAGUACAAUCCAGGAAUCUUUAGACAAGUUCAGGUUUCCUUUUCUUCACGAAUUCCUGUCGCUUUUCCAUCAGGGGACGCCAGCUCUCUUAGCAAAAACAUAAUGAUGUAUGCUUGUACUACCUCUGCUAAGGACGCUUCUACUCUACUGCAACAGAAGAUGACAGCAAGUGACCUAAGUUUAAAUAUAUCCAAACCGCUUCCAAAUAGCAGUGUGAGAGCUUCAACUGUUAUGAUGGUCUCCAAGCAUAUCGAUGGCUCAUUGAAUCAGUGGGCAGUUACAUUUGCUGAUAGAUCUGCUUUUUCUUCAGUACUCACUGUGUCACACAAGUUCCGAUAUUGCGGUCACAGAUUCCAUCUCAAUGACUUGGCUUGUCAUUCUGUGCUGCCCUUGAUUUUAACUUCCUCUCAUCACAAUGUGCUGGUGACGCCUGACUCCGAGUUCAAUCCCUGGGAUGUGGAUAGAAGUAGUAAAGUAACAGAUCCUGUUAAGAAUUUAAAAGGUUUCCCUAGGCAACAUUUUGGAAAUGCAGCAACUCAGACAUUCCAUGACCCUAAUGCAAUUUAUAGCGAGCUAAUAUUAUGGCGCGUUGAUCCAAUUGGACCCUUAUCGUACAGUGGAGGAGUCUCCGAACUAGCACGCAUAAACUCUCUUCGCACUGCUGCCUUCUGCAAUGUGGCCUGGCUUCCAACACUUAUUCCAAGUUAUUGUCUAGGCACAUACUGUAAUUCUGCCAGUGCUUGCUUCGUAGCCUCUGAUGGGUCCAAUCUAAGGUUAUACCAAGCGGUGGUCGAUGCCAGAAAGCUAUUGGAUGAGCUUUCAGAUCCCGAGUCUUCUAAACUCAUUGGGGAAGUCUUUAAUAUUGUCAGCCAACAGUCUACUGCUCGCCCUGGCUGUAUCAUCGAGCUUGAUGCUAUAACAAACAAGUGUGGAUCAAGGACACAGCUGCUUCAUGUUUUUCAAGAAGACUUCAUUUUAGGACACAAGCCACAUAAAGUUGAAUUAAAAGCAAAGGAAACUGAGGUUUUCUUCCAACCAUCUCAAG